AUGGUCAUAUCACAACCAGACCACGUAUACACGUUCGUAACCUUCCGUCUCGAAGAACCGGUCAUAUGGCCAAGGAGGACGUUUUAUACCGCUCAAGAUGCCGAAGAGCUGGCUGAGACGGUGGCCUCCUAUCCUGUUUGCGAGUCACUGCUAUUUGGAGAGUUGUGGCUCAAGCGUGAGCGCGCCUCUCUUGUGAAUGUUGAGGACGGUGUGCUAGAUAAAUGGCAUUAUGGUCGAAUUGUCCUUGCUGGAGAUGCUGCUCAUAAGGUUACUAUCAACAUGGGUUUCGGCGGGAAUUCAUCAAUCGAAUCCAUCGUAGCCCUUUGCAGCCAGCUAAAGAGUGAGAUUGUAUCUCACAAAGAGUCAAGUCUAUCCUUAAGUACGCUAGAACGCGUAUUUGAAUCCUACCAGGCUAAGCGCCACGCACCAAUGAAGAUGAUCAUGAAUCUCUCACUCUUCACCACAAGAAUCCUAACUUGGGAUACUCCACUAAUCAAAUUAUUCGCCCGAUGGAUUUUCCCAUGGCUCCCCAAACGAUAUCUAAUUGACCAAUUCAGUAAGAUCAUUAAGGGGGGACCAAAGCUUGAUUAUAUCGGGAUGGAUAAUUUUCCGCGUGGCCGGCUGGCAUGGGAGGAUGAAGCGACGACCGAUAAUUCUAACGAUGAAGAUUUGGAAUAA